GGGUGGGGGGCGUGAGGCGCCCCGGGGCAGGCCGGGAAGGGGGGGGCGGGCCUCCCCCUGGGCGGGCCAGGGCGGCGCUAGGACCGAGCAGCGGAGGGAGCGAGCCGGGCGGAGCCUGCGCCCCCCGCCCCCCGCCGGCCGGCUCCCCUCCCCCGGCCGCUGGCUCGCUCGCUCGCUCGCAGCGCUGCAGAGGCUCUGAGGCGGCGGCAGCGGCGGCGGCGGCGGCUCCCUCCUCCCCUCCCUCCCUCCGUCCGUCCGUGCGUCCGUCCGUCCGUCCGUUCGUUCGGCCCCGCUCCGGCCCGCAGCAUGGCCGGCGUCAGCUUCAGCGGCCACCGCCUGGAGCUGCUGGCGGCGUACGAGGAGGUGAUCCGGGAGGAGAGCGCGGCCGACUGGGCCCUGUACACAUACGAGGAUGGCUCAGAUGACCUCAAGCUUGCAGCGUCAGGAGACGGGGGCUUGCAGGAACUCUCAGGCCACUUUGAGAACCAGAAGGUGAUGUAUGGCUUCUGCAGCGUCAAGGACUCCCAGGCAGCUCUGCCCAAAUACGUGCUCAUCAACUGGGUUGGGGAAGAUGUGCCUGAUGCCCGCAAAUGCGCCUGUGCCAGUCAUGUGGCCAAAGUGGCCGAGUUCUUCCAGGGCGUCGACGUGAUCGUGAAUGCCAGCAGCGUGGAGGAUAUUGACGCGGGCGCCAUCGGGCAGCGCCUCUCCAACGGGCUGGCGCGGCUCUCCAGCCCGGUGCUGCACCGGCUGCGGCUGCGCGAGGAUGAGAACGCGGAGCCGGUGGGUACCACCUAUCAGAAGACGGAUGCGGCUGUGGAGAUGAAGCGCAUUAACCGCGAGCAGUUCUGGGAGCAGGCCAAGAAGGAGGAGGAGCUGCGGAAGGAAGAGGAGCGGAAGAAGGCGCUGGACGAGAGGCUGAGGUUCGAACAGGAGCGCAUGGAGCAGGAGCGGCAGGAGCAGGAGGAGCGGGAGCGGCGCUACCGGGAGCGGGAGCAGCAGAUCGAGGAGCAUAGGAGGAAACAGCAGACUCUAGAAGCAGAGGAGGCCAAGAGGCGGCUGAAGGAGCAGUCUAUCUUUGGUGACCAGAGGGAUGAAGAGGAAGAGACCCAGAUGAAGAAGUCCGAGUCAGAGGUGGAGGAGGCAGCGGCCAUCAUUGCCCAGAGGCCGGACAACCCCCGGGAGUUCUUCAAGCAGCAGGAGCGAGUGGCCUCAGCCUCAGCGGGCAGCUGCGACGUGCCCUCACCCUUCAACCACCGACCAGGCAGCCACCUGGACAGCCAUCGGAGGAUGGCACCUACGCCCAUCCCUGCCCGGAGCCCUACUGACUCCAGCACAGCCUCCACCCCCAUCUCAGAGCAGGUGGAGCGGGCUCUGGAUGAGGUCACAUCCUCGCAGCCUCCACCACUGCCACCGCCACACCCUUCAACUCAAGUGACAGAGCCCCAGGAGCCCAGCCCCAGCUUGGAUAUUGAAGAGACCAGCCAGGAGGCCAAAGCAGCAGCCCCUCAGGCCUGGGCCGGCCCCAUGGAGGAGCCUCCUCAGGCCCCUGAGCUUCCCCAGGUACCGGGCAGCCCCAUGGAGGACUCGAUGCUCACAGCCCCACCUGAGCAGGCUGCCCCGGCUGCCCCGGCUGCCCCGCUGGAGCUCACCCUGGCUGACACCAUGGAAAGCGACACUGCCACUGCUGACACCGCUGUUGCCAACGCCCCCGCCCCUACCAGCCUCAUUGACCUAUGGCCUGGCAAUGGGGAAGGGGGCUCUGCACUCCAAGCUGAGCCAAGGGCCCCCACACCAUCCUUGGGUGCUGAGGUCCCUCUGGCAGAGGUGCCCCUGCUGGAUGAGGUGGCUUCAGAGCCACUGCUGCCAGCAGGUGAGGGCUGUGCCAACCUCCUCAAUUUCGAUGAGCUGCCUGAGCCCCCAGCCACUUUCUGUGACCCAGAGGAAGAAGCAGAAGGGGUGCCCCUGGCUGCCCCCCAGGCCCCAGCUUUGUCCUCCACCCUGGAGGACAUGGAUCAAGAGCCACACCUGCUGACCAAUGGCGAGACCACCCAGAAGGAGGGGACCCAGGCAAGCGAGGGGUACUUCAGCCAAUCACAGGAGGAGGAGUUUGCCCAAUCAGAAGAGCCGUGUGCAAAGGCCCCGCCCCCGGUGUUCUACAACAAACCUCCAGAGAUCGACAUCACCUGCUGGGAUGCAGACCCGGUGCCCGAGGAGGAGGAGGGCUUCGAGGGAGGCGACUAGCGGCGGCGCCCGUGGCUAGGCUGCCCCUCGCCUCUGGCCAGAUGGCUCUCAGCGCCUGUGCUCGCCCGCAGCAGCCCAACCUGGCACCCACUCCGGAUUCUGACCUGGCCGGGGACUCGGCCGCUUCCCCACCCACAGGGCCCGACUUUUACAGCUUCUCUUUCUCUCUCUUUUUUUAAAGUUGAUAGGAGACUUGUACAGUUGACUGGUUUUCCUCCCGUUGGUAGUUGAGACGCUGUUGCAGGUCCCACCCCUCCCCGCCCGGUCCAGAUUGUAGCUCUUAGUCCUCCCUGCGCCCUCAGCUGGCUGGGGUGGAAGCCUCACCUGCUUGGGGCCCGGCGUGGGGGGAGCUCUGGUGGGAACAUGUGCCCCCGCCCAUUUUCCUAGUUUUAUGUUUCUUGGAAAAAUAUCACUUUGUAUUCUCUGUCCAGGGCUUCAGAUAUUUUGCACGAAUUUUAAAACAUGGCAAUAAAUGGCUCGUGGGCUCUGGCUCCCUGGGACCCCACCCCCCACCCCGCCCUUCUCUCAACCCCUCUGCCCGCCUGGCCUGGCCGAAAGAAUUAGCAGGCCCAACCCAGCUGGGGCCUCUCAGUUUCCCAGCCCUUUCCUGCCCCCUCCUGCUGGGCAGGUCCCAUGCUGGAGGCCCUAGGCGUCAUUCAGGGGGGCUUUGGGUGGGGCCCAGGGCUGGGGUAGGGGGCCCACGCCAACUCCUUAUUUGCUCGGGUUCCUUUUUCACGUUCAGUAACUGUUUUUGGAAAGCACAAACUUCUGUAACAGGUCGUGCUUAUGUCUGUUAAUAAAGAAAUCCAGAUCCCUU